AUGGUAUCUAACUCACAAUGUCAGUUCUUGACCUGGGUCCGGAAGGCUUCAAGGUCAAAAAAGCACCAUCUCGAUCAUAGCCAUCAUCAGAAGGCUUUCGAGAUCGAGAAGGAUUUUAAUAUUUCCUCCUCGUCCAUAUCGUCCGACGGCACAGAAAGACAGUCACUUGAUAAGUGCCAUCAGCAUACAUCCUCACCGGCUCGACUAUCACUCUCUCGGCUUAUUGCAGACGAUGCUGCUGAGGUCGACCGUCUUCUGCUGGCAUGUAGGGAACUCGGUGGCUUCUACCUGGACCUAACAUCAACCGAACUUGGUGAAAAUGUUAUAUCCGAGGCAGACAGGCUUUUUACCCUCGGAGGAGAUGUCUUCAACCUUCCGGAGAAUGAAAAGAGAGAAUACGAUAUGGCCAAGUUUGGUGGUUAUUAUGGAUAUAAAGGAUACCGCAACCGAACAAUGGACUUCAAAGAAUUCUACACUGUCUCAAAGGACGAGAUAUUGGGCAUUCAAUGUCCGACAAAGGCCCCUCAACCUCAGCCUCCACUUAUACAGUCAUCUCGCCCUCUAAUACAAACAUAUAUCCGAAACUCCCACGCCAUAAUAUCUCUAAUCCUCUCCCGCCUGGCCACGGCCUUGGACCUACCGCCAGAAUCCUUAGAAAAUAUUCACCGUCGCGACGCAAACAGCGGGGACCAGAUACGGUGGAUCAAGCUGCAGGCAAGCAAAGAAGCGCGCCCGCCGCCAGAGAAUGAUGUCCUGCUGGAUGAACACUCAGAUUCAAACAGCGUUACACUUAUAUUCAACCAAUCGGGCGGUCUACAAUUCAAGUCGCCCCAGCCAGAUUCUUCACCUCACAGCUACCCUAUACCCAGGGACAAUCCAACUCCCGCUAUCACCUCUACGGCUCCCACUACCAAUCCUACACCCUCUCCAGAAAGCUCAGUUGACUUCUCUGGAGGUCCGAGUUUCCCUGCUAACUGGAUACCCGCAAACCCUCUACCUGGCCACUGCAUUAUCCUAAUGGGCGAACAGAUCGUUAAACUCACUGAAGGCGGCGUCCGUGCAAACGUGCAUCGUGUCUGCGCAGUGCCCGGAAUGCAAGGCAGCAGCCCCCGGUACUCACUUGUAUACUUCUCUCGACCUGAAGAUGACGUUAUCCUGAAACAACUUGCCGGGAUCCCCGUUGUUCCAAAACCAAUGACCACGCCAAAGAGCUCGCGUGAGCAACCGAGCCAAUGCAAGCUAAUAGGCAAGGUAUUUGAGGGGAAAGAGUGGAUGGGAUGGGCAAAGCCGUCGUCGCCUCGCUUCAAGCAAAAGAGGUAG